UAUUAUAAUAGUCAUUAAAAGUUACAAACAUCAAGCAUGGCAUGGAUGACUACUGAUUAAAUAAGUUUAGAAAUGGAAAGUGGAAACAAACAGCACAAUGCGAGAGAAUUUGUUUUCGAUUCAGCUAUUUUGAUAUCAUUUUCUUGCAUUCAUUAAUGCAAAGCAUUCUCCCCACUUUGUUCGUAAAGACAAAUUGCUUAUUUAAAAAGCGGAAGUAUUUUGUCUGUACACACCACACACUCAAAAAGCUCUCGAGUCAAAAGAACGAAAAGGAAGAAAUUUUACUUGGUACGAUGUUGUCGUUUGACUUGUUAAAGCUAUAAUCAGCUUACAACAUCAAAUUAUCAAGAGAUGAGUAGAAGAUAUGUAAAAGAUGCUGUCGUUGUUGAUUAUCAAAAAAGACGAAAACCAUCAAAGCAUUAUGUUUAUGUUAUUAACGUGACUUGGUCCGACAGCAGUGUUGUGGUUAUAUUUAGAAGAUAUAGCCAUUUCUUUGAUUUACAGACAAAACUUUUCGAACAAUUUCCUGAAGAGAGUGGUGUUAAAGAUCCAUCUCUUAGAUCACUUCCAUUCUUACCAGGGAAAAUCAUUUUUGGCAGAAGCAACAUUAGAGAUGUGGCAGAGAAAAGAAAGAAGCCAAUCAAUGAUUAUUGUCAGAGCUUGAUUAAGCUUGCAAAUAAAAUUUCACAAUCUGACCUUGUUGUUGGUUUCUUUGAACCAACAAAUGAUGACAUUAGUGCCUUAGAACAUGAAUCAAAGCCUCAGAAAGACAAGUUAAAUGUUAAAGAAGAAAGGGCUAAAGUGAUUUCUGAACCAAUUCAACUUGAACAGUACAUAGUCAUUGCUGAUUACCAUAAGCAAAACAGAAGUGAAGUUAGUGUCCUUGCUGGAGACAUUGUGGAAGUUAUUGAAAAAAAUGAAAAUGGUUGGUGGUUUGUAAAUAUGGAUGAAGAACAAGGAUGGUUGCCAGCUUCGUAUCUUGAACCUGAAGAUGGCAGUGUUGAGAAGUCUGUUACUGUUGUAUUUAAGCCAGGAGAAGAAAGAUACAUUGCGUCCAGAGCUUAUACUGCUAAUGAGCCUGAUGAAAUGGGAUUUCAGAAAGGAGUUGUUGUCGAUGUGCUAGAGAAAAAUAUUGAUGGAUGGUGGCUGAUAAGAUAUAACGGUUCUGAGGGCUGGGCACCAUCUUUAUAUCUGAAGAAAUUUGAUCCAAACCAACCACUACCCAUUCGUCAUGCAUACGAAAAUAUAACCUUAAGUAAUGAGCCAGCUAUAUUAAACAGACCACAACGACCUCCGAAACCUGUUGUUGAAGGGACACAAUCUAACAAACCUCCACCAAGGAAAGCUUCGGUAAAAAAGUCGCACAAAAUAAAGAAUCGUGUGCGUUCGCCUCCGACGUCUCCCGAAGCUCACGACUCAACAUCGUCGUUAAACGAAGCUAUUUAUGUUGCAAUGUCAGACUAUCGUGCUCAGGGUGGGAAAGGAGUAUUGAGCGUUGAAAAAGGGUCAUCUGUUGAUAUUAUUGAGAAAUCUCCAAAUGGCUGGUGGUACUGUAGAAAAGACGGCAAGGAAGGAUGGCUGCCAUCUUCUUAUAUCGAACGACGAGACAAAAAAACACAUGCUGUAGAGGAAAAAAAACCUGAGAUAAGAACACCUCAAGGACCUAAACCUAAACCUGUACCAGCUAUAAGAACAGCAAUACCUAAACCUGUAGUUAAAGGCUUUGAUUACUUAGCGAUCAGUGACUUUUUUGAUGACGAUCAGCUGAACGUAACAUUGAAAAAAGGCGAAUUGGUGAAAGUACUGGAGAAGACACCUAGUGGUUGGUGGUAUGUACAAUGUAAUGGUAGCAAAGGAUGGGCACCUUCAACUUAUUUGAAAGAAAAGACCAAUGUAGGACCAACCCCCCGUCGCACUCCUCCGAGGCCUUCUCCCCCUGAUAGACCCAAGAACACUUCGAGUGGUCAUAGAAUAAAUCCAGGUCCCCCAAUUCCAAAUCGCAGCAGGAAACCCACUUUACCCCGAUAUAUCAACUCGAGUAGUGCAGAGAAUCUGCUGUCGUUGAAGCCAACGGCUGUUUUGAACAAAGCAACUGCCCGAAGUACUGAAAACUUGUCCGCUCAACCGAAGAUUGUCCAGUAUUAUCACGUCAUAGCGGACUAUACGGACGGAAUGGAUGAUACUUUAGAUAUUAAAAAAGGAGACAAAAUUGAGGUUAUUCGUAAAGAUGAAGGGGGUUGGUGGCUAGCUAGGAUAGGUAAUCGAUCUGGCUGGGUUCCCUCUAACUAUCUUGAAAAAUAAACUUUGUGUUUUAUCUUAUAUAUGUAUAUCAACAUUGUUUAUACAUACUGUAUUUAUAUAUUUAUAUAUUUUUUGCACAUUUUACUUUCGAAGACAUUAUAACAAACUAAUAAUAUCCUCACAGAAUGCAUGUUAUAGGUCAGACAUGGUUUAUCUUGUGUAUACCCAUGAACUUUUUGGGAUAAAAUUCGCUUAAUAAGAAGCCUGCGAGUGAAAAAUAUUUAAAUUUUCAAUGAAUCUAAUGUGUAUUAUCAGUACAUUUUGUCAGAAUGCUUUGAGCACUCAAGUAGAAAUAUAUUUCAUAAAGCUUUUGUUCAAUGCAAAGAUUCACUCGACGUCUUGUUCAUUAUGGUUUUUCACAAAAUGAAACUUUCCUUUUUGUUAUACUUUUCUAACCUUAAUGCAUUCUGAUACAAUGUCCAUUCGCCAUUUUAUGUAAAGAUUAUUAUAUCUGAAGUUCAAAAUACAUAUGUCAUCAAUUUUUCAUUUGAGAUAAAAUAA